AUGUUACCACGACUACUACGAAGCUCGAGAGUUCUACCUAGGUUGAGAGUAAGCAACAUAAACAAUGCGAGAAAUCUUGUCCAAAGGAGAACGUUAGUUGCAGCGCCAAAAGUUGGAGAUGGCCCAUUGAUGGAGAGGAGAGGGGAUCGAGAACUACCUGACAUUCCUGAGAAUGGCAUGAAAUGGGUCCGAUCUAUCCCCAUAUUCCUCGUUGUCCUAAUCUCCAGUACCCUCGCCAUUUUCAACUACCAAAAGUCCUCAUCCUCCGUCGUAUCAUCCACUCUUUACGCCCUCCGCACAUCACCCAAAGCGCGUGAGUUCCUCGGCGACGAGAUUUAUUUUGCGCAUAAGAUGCCGUGGAUCUGGGGAGAAAUGAAUCAAUUGCAUGGCAGGAUUGAUAUUCAGUUUGAGGUCAAGGGAACGAAGAGAAGUGGAACAAUGAAGUUUACAAGUCAUAGAGCCACACGACAGGGCAUGUUUGAGACGACGGAGUGGAGUUUGGAGGGCGGGGAGGGGGAGAAAAAGGUUAAGAUUGAUCUCUUGGAUGGGGCGGAUCCGUUUAAGGGAAUCGAAAAUGUGGAGGAGAGGUCAGCGGAACCAGGCAGAGGAAGUUAUGCGCCUACUUUGUCAGGAUAG